AACUAAUAAUUUAAAGACAUUUGCGCUGAUAUUGACAUAUAUUCAUCAAUAACUUAAUUGUUAUUAAAUGAUCAUUUUAUGGCCAACUGAUGGUCUGAGUGAAUGGCAAUAGCAUCGCAAGUCUCACCACAAAUGUCGAUAAAUUUAGUAAUACCUCCGCCGACCUCACGGGUCGUCAAAGAGGGCUGGCUUUACAAGAGAGGCGAACACAUCAAGAACUGGAGGCCUCGCUAUUUCAUAUUGUUCGAAGACGGGUCGCUAAUUGGGUUCAAGUCGAACCCCGAUGGUGUCUAUACGGAUCCGUUGAACAACUUCACAGUCAGG